GCGGUCUUUGCUCGGAGCUGAGCAGUUGGCUGCAUCGUAUAAGCUAUUUGCCAGCACACAAUUUACAACAACACUUCCAUCUUUUUUUAUAUUUUUUUUAUAAUAUUCUGAUGAAAUCUUGGUUUGCCCGGUGCCAAUCAAGUCGGAGGACAUUAUUUUCAUACAACGUAAAUUUAUAGUAAUAUUUUUAUACAAGAGCACCAAGUCUGAAGAGAUACUUAUAUUAACAACAUGAAAGUAGAAAUCCAAGUUGCGCUCAACUUCGUCAUCUCUUACCUUUACAACAAACUACCCCGUCGUCGCGUCAAUAUUUUUGCCGAUGAAAUGCAAAAGGGUCUGAGAGAGAAGUUUGAUGGCCACUGGUAUCCCCAGAAACCAUACAAAGGAUCAGGCUACCGAUGUCUACGUGUUAGUGGGCAGAAACUCGACCCAGUGAUUGAGACAGCUGCUGCAGCCAGCGGUUUGAACAUGGAUGAGAUCCGAAAUAACAUGCCAGACGAAUUGAGUAUCUGGAUUGAUCCAUCAGAGGUUUCUUACCGAUGCGGAGAGAAGAGUGCAGUGAAAGUACUGUAUGUUGAGGAUAAAGAUGAUACCCUGAAUAACCUAGACCAGUCGAUUACUGAAGUCAAGAGUAGCUUCAACCCAGAAGCCGACUCAUUUCGCCCAAUAGACUCAGUAUCCUCGUCACUCAGUAGUAUGAGUUUAUCACCAACAUCUCCUGUGCCACCAAGCUUCACCUCACCCUCACCUACCAGCAUGUUUGGAAAAGUUAGCCCUGCUGCCGACAAACCUCAGCUCGUUACCUUUGAUGCAGCUACCUUUGCCCAGACAAAGUUUGGAUCCACUAAGAUGAAGACUGCCUCCAAGAAGAUCAACCUGCAACGACUAUCGCCAACUGAAUUUACAACAUACAUGAAGCAAAGAUCAGCUCUGAAUGGUAUGUACGCCCAGAGACCCCGUUCUCUGUCUCCAAAUGCUAAAGAAUUCAUGUACCCACAAACUAAAGUGGAUAACAUGAGUAUUUGGGGUGGAGAUGGGCUCUCUCUGCAGUCAACCAAUGUAGGUUAUGAAACCCUGCCAAAUACUAACACCAACAACGAUGCCACCAAAGCUUUAUUUGAUGGUCUUAAUUUUAAUGUGCCAUAUAAUGGCCAGUACAACCAACAAUCCUUGGUUGCAGCAAACUAAACUUAUAGAAAUUUACAUAAGAGUACUUAAUUUUAACCUACUACUGGCCACUUGCUCACAAUGCAUGUUGGUGAGCCCAAAGUUCACCACAGGCAGUAGAUAAGAUUACAAAAGAUUGUUUAAAAGAUGUGUACAAGAACAGUUCAGUGUGAAAGAUUGUUGUUGUUGAAAUUUUGAUAAUUAUUCUGAUACUGCCCAAGGGUACAUACAUUUGAUUGAUUCAUACUAUAUACUUUGAAAGUAAAAACCUUUUUGCGGGUAUGAGUUUCCUAUUUUCCAAGAUGAAAUAUUUAAAAUGAACUUCUUUGUUUUAGCUUUAAAUACAAUAUAAAUUUUUAUCUUUGAGAGUAUAUAUUGGUAUUCUUUCUGUAUUUGGGUAUUAAGAAAGCAUUUUAUCUUUUCUACUGAACAUUGGCAAUUCUAUUAUACUAAACAAAUAGAUAUUGCUGUGCAAGCUUUUACUUUUAUAAGAAAAAUAAGUAUUUUAAAAAUUUACAAAGCUUAGACUCGUGGAAGUAAUAUCCCAGCGAUAUUAUUACUGCAAGGAAAUAAGAAACAAAACUUUAUCUUGUAUUUUGUGUUAUACUUCCAGAAUUUGCCACUAUUCAAAAUACAACAAUAUUGAGAUACAGGAUCAGAUGAAUCUGAAAUAACAUGGCAUAUUAAUUUUCUACAUAAAUGUGCAAUAAGAGUUACACAUUGGACAGACAAGAUGGAAAAAUUAAAAAAAAAAAUUAAACUGAAAAAAUAUUUUAAGUUUUAGAUGGUGCAUUGGUAAUGUUUAUAUUGUUCCAUAUUUUUAAGUUUGUAUUAAAGAUUUUUU